AACACAUAGAUGUAUUUGGGGAUAAAAGACACGUUUUUAAUUUAACAAUAUUGUGGAGAGAUAAAAAAGACGACAAGAAAUACCUUUUUAAAAAAUCUCAUAUAUCUAUUUGUUUGAAUUUGAAUUUGUUUUUUGUAAUGUAAACCUGUCGAUGUGACGUCACACAAGGAAGUGAAGAGGUGGGGUUAAGACGAGACAGAAACAAAACAUUUCAAGUCAGACGAGUUCGAGUCGGUUUAAACAAAGAGUUCGUGUGUAGCGCGGAGAAAAUUCAUUUAUCUUUAGUGUUAAUACACGCAAACAAGCAGCACUUGACAGACUUUAAUUUAAAAAAAAACCGGAGCGGAACGGUAACGUUGUAUCUGCCUGCAGUUAGUUUGCAAAGCAAACGUUGUUCUAUUUCGAUUUCUAACAUCGUAUUAGUUGUUUACAACAACAACAAUGGCACGUUUGCGGUGCUUCUCGUUCCUCUUGAUGUUCGCCGUUUUGGGAACGAUUACCACUCGGGCUGACGACCAAGAAGGAAAAGACAUCUGCUCGGAUGUUUUCAAGGAGAGCCCCGGUGCUGGCCUGGACCCCAAAUCUUUCGAUAACGGCGCAGCCUACGCCGCUCACCUGGGCGAAGUCUCGGACGCGCAGACCUGCUUGAAAGCGUGCUGCGACAGCACGCAGUGCAAUCUGGUGCUGGUGGAUCGCUCCGGGGAGAAGAUUCAGUGCCAUCUGGUGAACUGUGUCGCAGAGGGAACCGGUCUGGACGCCUGUAUCACCACACCCGACGCCGCUUUCGACAGCUACCGCAAGCGAGAAAGCGCUAACAGGUCUUCCAGCGACGAUCAAGAGAGGUGCCACGCCCCUAUCAAGGUGGGGCCCUGCCGCGCUGCGUUCCCACGCUUCAACUACGACCCCGUGAACCAGACCUGCAGGGAGUUCAUCUAUGGAGGCUGCGAGGCGAACGCCAACAACUACGACAGCAGAGAGGAGUGCGAGCGGGCCUGCGCCGGGGUCAAGGCUGACGAGACCUCGCUCUAUGACAUCCCCCUGGUUUCGAAGAGAAUGUCCGGGCCUGUGAAAUUUGAAGUUCCCACACGUGAUACUGGACUAAUAAAGGAGUACAGAGACUCGUGUGAGGUGGCUCCUGUGGUUGGUCCGUGUCGAGCCUCGAUGCGGCGUUUCUUCUAUAACGCCACCUCCGGCUCCUGCCAGCUGUUCGUCUACGGAGGCUGCAGAGGAAACGACAACAACUACAAAACGCAGGCAGAGUGCCAGGCCAAGUGCUCCGAGAAUAGACUUCCUGUCCACAUGCCAGCGAUGAAGCACGCCGCACCUAAAUACGAAGAUCACUGCCUGGCUCAGGUGGAGGUGGGGCCAUGCCGCGCUGCCUUCCGCAGCUGGUACUACGACUCUGCCACCCAGGACUGCCUGCCCUUCAUCUACGGGGGCUGCAGGGGGAACCUCAAUCGAUACAGCUCCGCCCAGGACUGCAUGAGCCGCUGCGCCGGGGGGCCAGAAGCACAUGGGGACAAUGAGCAUCAGGAUAAUGGUUUCCUAAACCACCAUCGACGCGCAGCGUUUGUCCUGACCGCGGUGCUAGCAGUGAUGACGGUGCUGCUGGUCAUGGGGCUGAUCGUCGUCUCUCUCCGGAAGACUCGAGAGCGCCAGCUGCUGGUCAUCGACGACAAAGAGGAGCUGCUGCCGUCCUUCAGGAGUGAGAAGGCCUGAGAGUGAAAAACCAGUGCUCCUGUUUCACUUGUCUUCUCCCUCCCCCCCACUUCCACACUCUCUCUCUCUCUCUCUCUCUCUCUCUCUCUCUCUCUCUCUCUCUCUCUCUCUCUCUCUCUCUCUCUCUCUCCAUACUUUAUUCUUCUGUCACCACCACUCCCCCCCCCCCCCCCCCAAUCUCCUCGGAGCAAGCUAAAGGAGCCACCCACAAGUAUGAAUAAAGAAAAUCACUCCUCAAUAUCCUGUGCAAACGGUACUAAAAUUGUCUUGAUUUGAAACACAAGCCUUGGGUUAUGAUAUGGCAAGGUACUACACCUACUUGUCCAGCAGGUGUCGCUGUGCUGUGUUCCCCGUUAUACUCCGACUGACCACAAGAGGGGAAAUUCGACUUCUUAAAUUGUGUGUGUGUGGAACUAUUUUGUGUGUGUCGGUCCUCAUUAGGGAAGGUCUUAUUUUUUUUUUAACUCCUGUAGAAUGACUGGAGAGACGGUUUGGGAAAAUGGAAUAUCUUGAUCAUUUUAUUAUAAACAUGAGCAAACCAUUCGCUCUUCAAGGUCACGCAUUUAUAUAACAAAACUGCUCUGUGUUUGGUGGUGCGUGUCUUUUGAACUUGAAUUAUUUUUAACCCAUUCCAAAUUGAAGUUUGUUUUUUUUAUUUUUAAUUACGCAAAUUAAAACCAAAAGAUUCUGUGUUAA